AACAUCUAUUUCCAGUUGAAGGGCCAUCAAUGAAGCAACCUACUUUCCUCAAACAUACAACACCCAAUUCCUCUCACUACACUUACACUUACACUUACACAUGAAGAAUAGUAGCUGCCUCCUCCCACUCCUCUUCCUCCUCCCCAUCAUCGUCGUUAGAGCCGCAGUUAUUGUCGGCGGAGGGAUUACCGUGGGCGGCGGAGGCGUCUGGAUUGGCGGCGGCGUCAACCCUCCCACCUCCGCCUCAAAGCUGGCCGUCGCCUACGCCGCCCUCCAGGCCUGGAAAGCCGCAAUUACAGACGACCCCCUCAAGAUCACAGCCUCCUGGAACGGCCCCAAUGUCUGCUCCUACAGAGGCGUCUUCUGCUCCGAUUCCGUCAAUUUCAUGGGGAAUUCAGCCGGCGUUGUGGUGGCCGCGAUAGAUCUCAACCACGCCAAUUUGCAGGGCACUUUGGUUAAAGAGCUCUCCCUCCUCUCCGAUCUCUCCCUCCUCCACCUCAACAGCAACCGCUUCAGCGGCGCCGUGCCGCCCUCGUUCAGAAACCUGGCGUCGCUCACCGAAUUAGACCUCAGCAACAACCGCUUCUCCGGCGGAUUCCCCACCGCGGUUCUCUACAUUCCAGAUCUCGUCUAUUUAGACCUCCGAUUCAACAGCUUCUACGGUCCGAUUCCGGAGGAGCUAUUCGAUAAGAAGCUCGACGCUAUCUUCCUCAACAACAACCUCUUCUCCGGCGAGCUGCCGCAAAAUCUAGGGAAUUCUCCGGCGUCUGUGAUAAACCUGGCGUACAACAAGCUGAGCGGCGCGAUCCCGUUCAGCUUGGGGUACAUGGGGAUCAAGGAGAUCCUGUUCCUCAACAACCAGCUCACCGGCUGCAUUCCCCAAGGCGUGGGGAUGUGGUCGGACCUUCAGGUUUUGGAUGUGAGCUCCAAUUCACUCAUGGGGCAUUUGCCGGAUUCUCUGUCCUGCCUCCGUAACAUCGAGGUUCUCAAUUUGGCGCGCAACCAGCUCUCCGGUGAGCUGCCGGAUCUGCUCUGCUCGCUGCGGAGUUUGAUUAAUUUGACGGUCGCGGCGAAUUUCUUCUCCGGCUUCAGCCAGGAGUGUGACAGGAAUGCCGGAUUCGGGUUCGAUUUCACGUUCAACUGCAUUCCGGGGAGGGAGCUGCAGCGGCCGCAGCCGGAUUGCACGGCGAUUCCCGGCGGCGGUCUCAGCUGUCUUAGAAUUCCUGCGGCGAGGCCUCUUGUAUGCGGGGUUUUGGCGGGGGCUGAGUUCACUGCGAAUCAGCCACCGUGAACUGUAGUGGAAAAGUCAUGAUUUUGGGCUUUUCCUAUUUAAUUAUAUAUAUUUUCCCACAAAUGUGGGAUUCGGAUUAAUUUUUAAUUUGUGUUUAUAUUUUGUGUCAGCUGAGGAUAUUCUCAUGUAGCCUGUAGGAUUGAUCGUUACUAAUUUAACUGCGUGGAUUAA